AUGGUCCAAGGGGACGAAAAUCGAGAGCUCCUUAUGGUUCUUAUCGACUUAACACCUGUAUGGUGGGGCACUUAUGCUCAUGAAAACCUCAUCCUCCCUUCCUUCAUUGAAUGCAUUCUUGCUUUUGUCAAUUGUCACCUUACACUUUCCCCUCUCAAUGAAGUGGCCAUCAUAGGAGUUACCCCAGAACAGACUGAAUUUCUAUGGCCCUCUUUAACUCCACUGGAAGAAUUUGAACCUCAACCGUGUCAUUACGGUCAGUAUGAAGCCUUUGCGAUUCUUGGUGAGACAGUAAGACGGAAGGUUCAGAGACUCAUAACUUCAUGUGAAUCUCUGGCUUGUACUGUCUCUUUUGCUAGCGCUAUCAACAAUGCUCUCUGCUAUUAUAUCCGCCGCUGUCGUGAGCUGCGUCCCACUCUUUCUCUUCGAAAUGACUCAGCGCCUUCUAACACUAAUGCGAUCGUAGCUGUGGAGGAUAUAAGCAGCCUCCUAACGGACAGUUUUCACGCUCGCAUUCUUGUUGUGCGAGCAGCCGAUGACAACCCAGCGCAGUACCUUGGCCUCAUGAACGCAGUUUUUACCGCUCAAAAGCUGGGCGUCCUCAUAGACGCUUGCAUCAUUCCUCCUACUCGGAUGUCCUACAGCGCUGAUGAUCCCCUGCGCCAAUCUUCUACGACCCUUCAGGAAUCCAGCAACUCCAGCCUUUUCCAACAGGCUGCUGACCUCACCGGAGGUAUCUAUUUGCGAAUCCCUCGACCUGCAGGUCUGUUGCAAUACCUCCUUUCCGUCUUCUUGCCUCGCGCUGGUCUCCGUUCGCAACUGAUUUUGCCUGACUGUGGUGGAGGUACUGGUGCGGGGGUGGAUUUCCGUUCAGCGUGUUUCUGCCAUCGGAAGAUGGUGGAUUUGUCUUAUGUAUGCUCAGUCUGUCUCUCCAUCUUUUGCUCCUUCACUCCGAUCUGCUCCACUUGUCAGACACCCUUCAAGAUUCCGAUUGUGGCAGUGUUGCCACCAGAGAAAUUAAAAUGA